AUGGCUUCGCAGAGAUCUUGGGGUUCCAACUUUCAGGACUUCAGAGUCUGGGAAGGCAAGAAACGCUCAGUAACACGCGCCGCAGCUAGUUCUCAGAAGAGGGAGAGAACAACCCCAAAAGCUCUACCCACGCUCGCACUAGAGCUUGACAAGCUCCACAAUUUCGUUGAGGAUGUGAUGGCAGAAGAAGAGAUCAAGAACCCAGAUACCUCUUUCUUUACAGAGGACCCUCGCCAGGACACAGACGACGACCUAGGCGAACAAGAUCUGGAGACUUUCAGUGACUUCGACGACGUAGAUUCUGAAGUUUCAGAUUCUGAGAGCGUCAACGACAACGAAGACGAUGGCAUGCUAGGCUACCUUCAAAUGGGCCCCGAAGUCAUCGACACGUUGAUUGCUGGGGUGAAAUGCGCCCACAAUUCUGAAGCUGAAGAACACGACUCCAUUGUCGACUGUAUUUUUAAUGCAGCGCUCAAGUACGACGCAAACAACUACGAACAGUCUCCAUUUUGUUGGCAUAUGUUACAAUGGUGCCAAGACAGUCACCAUCUGCGCACUCCUUUAGUAGAGUUUCUGCUGCAUCCACUGGUCAGAUCCUGUCGAUGCCGGAAUGCCGUGGGACAACAGCCGACCUCUCACGAGGAUAAUCUUUCCGGACUGGAGUACUUCCCGUUAAGUGAGAACUUGAAGGCUGUGCCUAACGUGGUGGGCACAUACCUUUUGCAUGGAAUUCGCGCUUUCUGUCAAGAUUCAGCCAAGGAUCCCCGCUACGUUGGACAAGCCGCGAAUAUGUCAAUCACUGACUCAGGUGCUGUUGGUAUCCGUCUUCGAGGAGGGCAGCACCGCACCUCGGUCAAGACAUGCAAAUGCGGCCUCAAGAGUGCGAAGCGACCAUUGCGUGUCCACAUCCGACUUGCAAAAUCUGACAUCACUGGGCUAGAGAUAGCAGUGCUCUCUUUCUUUCCGUUCCCGCUUCCGCAGUUAGGCGAGGAUACACUGCUUCACUUCUUGUCUAUCCUCACCCUCGCUGAGGCUAUUGAUGUGAUCCUUCUCGACACUCUGAGCCCAUUAGAGCACCACGAAAACCGCUCACGUGUAGGAUCCAAAGAAGGUUUAGCAGCACUGAAGCUACGGAAUGUGCCUCGAAGACUUCAUGAAGGGCUGAACCGAGCAAAGCAGAAGAUUGAAAGGGGUUUCGUACAGCGCUUGCUGGUCUCCUUUAGAGGUAGCGGUCUUCAUUCAGACUGUUAA